AUGUCAAGAGGUGUGUGGAAUGAAGAGAGCAGUAAAACUCUCAACCUCUUUAAUGUGAGGAAAGCUUCCCAUGACUGUGGUCAGAUGAGUGAUAAGACUAAACUCUGCCUGGUACCACUGAAAACGGUCAGCACUGACAUCGUUUCCGGACGGCACGCCCCCCACACAUCCACCGCCGCCUCCCAGGCGGGGCCUACUGCAGCCGCCAAGCUCUCGCUAGAAGGAAGUGCCUGCACCCGGAAGAGCCUGGUGUUCCGAAGCCCCAAACAAAGCCGGCAGGGAACGUCAUCGCUACCACCCUGCGAGGUCGUCUUGACGACCCGCCCACAACACCUGGCAACCUGGACCAUUCAGGGACACCGCAAAAAAAUGGAGGAGAUUUCAGAAGGGGUUUUGGACAACUCCUUGGAAUCUGAAAGCACAGCCGAGCCAACUGCCGGCCAAUCUGGCGACCAGAAAGAAGGCAACUGGACGAACCAAGCUGAAGGGGAGGCAGUUUACCAGAGUGAUCAUGAAAUAGUUGGCCAAGCUGCCCAAAGAGUGUCUCCCCAGGCUGACCUCAGUAUCUAUGGCCGGGAAGACCAAAGAAUUUCAGAACAGACUGGGCCCAGAACAUCUGGUCAGGCAGACCACAGAGCAUCGAAACUUGCUGACACUGCCGACCAUACAGCAUCUGAUAAGGCUGACCAAAGAAUGUUUGAUCCCAUGACAUCUGGCCAAGCUAAUAACGUAGAGUUAGCACAUGAUCGAAAGAUGUCUGGCCAGGCUGACCAAAGAACUUCUGGACAGACUGACCACAGAUUAUCCGGCCAAGCUGACCGAAGAACUUCUGAACAGACUCGCCACAGAUUGUCCACCCAGGCUGACCGAAGAACUUCUGAACAGACUGACCGCAGAUUGUCCUUCCAGGCUGACCGAAGAACUUCUGAACAGACUGACCGCAGAUUGUCCACCCAGGCUGACCGAAGGACUUCUGAACAGACUGACCGCAGAUUGUCCUUCCUGGCUGACCGAAGGACUUCUGAACAGACUGACCGCAGAUUGUCCUUCCUGGCUGACCGAAGAACUUCUGAACAGACUGACCACAGAAUGUCCAUCCAGGCUGACCAAAGAACUUCUGGACAGACUGGCCACAGAUUGUCCAGCCAGGCUGAUCGAAGAACUUCCAAACAGAGUGACGGAAAAUUGUCCAUCCCAGCUGACCAAAGAAUUUCUGAACAGACUGACCACAGAUCGUCUGGCCUAGCCGACCAAAAAGCACAGACUUACCAUGUCAUUAAACCAGCUAAACAUGAGGAUGACUACAGUAAAUCUGACCUUUUUGAGAAUAGAGUAGAUUACCAGGCUGACCACCUAGUGGACAAACAGGAUUACUACAAUGAAGAUUACUUGACUGAUUACGGAGCAAGUGGCCAGUUUAGCUAUAGUACAUUUACCCAGUUUGAGGAUAGCAAGGAGGACAAAGAGGAUGACUAUAGAGUACAGCCCUGCAAAUUUAAGGAUAGCCAAACAGACCUCAGUAGUUCCAAGGUUUCACUUGCAGUAGAAACUGAAAUGAAAAGUGCAACCUUUCUUCAAACCUACAACCCAUCGGAUUCCAGAUUAACCAAUUUUUUCCCAGCAAAAGACCAAACCCCUUUCCAAAGAUUUCCCUCUAUCCCAACCAAAUUGGACUCUACCCUCGGUCAAGGAAAAUCUCAAGCCAUAGAAACCACACCUGAUUAUAUUUCACAAUUUGAGCAAGAAAAGAGUUUUUACGAACACAAGCAAACUUAUAGGAAGAGGUUCCCUUCUAUGGUGUAUGACGAUCCUUACCAAGUUGCACUCCGGUACAUGGAAAAGCACAAUAUUCUGCAAAUAUUCCAGAUCACUGAAAACUUAGUCUAUGAAAGGCCAGAGGACCCUCUGCAUUUUAUGCUGUGCCAGCCCUAA